AUGCCGGGCUUCGCGGACUCCUUCUGGUCCAACGACUACGCCGCAGGCCUCGGGGUCCUGUUUGGCAAGCUCCAGCAAGGCGUGGUCGAAAACCGCCAACUCCUGACCAUCGCUCGCAUGCGCGCCGAAGCCGAAGACGUAUAUGGUCAACGUCUAUCCGAAAUUGCCCCUGCCGUUGACAAGAUUCCAAACGGCUUCAACCGCGACGAUGGCGCAAGCGUGCGCAAGGCUUAUGAAGGUGUGCGGACCGAGAUGGAGGACGCCUCCAAGAACCACAAGAAGAUUGCGCAGAACAUUCGAGACCUAGUUGUGAACCCCUUUACGCGCUGGUGCGACGCCCACGAAUCUCGACUCCAAAACUCGCAGGAAGAGCUCCAGGCAAAGAUCAAGGCCCACGACAAGCAGGCUGAAGUGGUCAAGAAGCUGCGCAGCAACUAUUUCAACAAGUGCCGCCUGGUAGAGGAUCUCGAGGAAGAAAACAAGUUGGCCUUCCAAGACCCCGAAUCCGCAGCGAGCCCGAAGCCCAAGCAACCAAUUCCCGAAAUCAAGGUUGAGCCCGAGGAGGAGGAAGAUGACGAGCCGUUCGAGAUUGGCGAUGAGACCUACUCGCCCGACCAGAUCAAGAAGAUCCUCGCCCACAUGCUCAACAACAUCAAGAUGGGCGAAACGAAGGUCCCAAUUCUGGGAACGUACCAGAACACAUCGGCUGGCACGGAUAUUGUCGAAUACUUUCAACGGCACAUGGGCACCACGAGCGUCAGUUACGCGGAGAGAAUCGGCCAGGACCUUAUCACCCACGGCUUCUUGCGUUUGAUCGGUAAUGUUGGAAACACCUUCGCCAACAGUUCCAGGAUGUUCUACCAAUGGCGCCCCCAGGCUUUCAAGUUGGCCGGUGUCCCGGAAAAGAAGGCGCCUGUUAACAGAACAUUCUCGAUGCCCCUGUCCAACGGAUCCGAAGGAAGCGACUCGCCAGUUGUCGGUGCCGUGAGCGAGUAUCUUGCCAACUGGAACAUCCCCGGCGUCAAUAAUGGGCGCCCUAACGAGACUCCGUCUGAGCGCAUGCGACGUGAGGCCAGAGAGGCAGAUGAGAAGUACAAGGCUGCUGUCCAGAAGCUGGAUGAGAUGCGUUGUGAGCUCGAGGAGGCCAUCUUUCUGCACCUCAAGUUCCUCGAGCGUUGCGAGCUUGACAGGCUCAAGGCUAUCAAGACCGUGGUGUUGGACUUUUCUGGUACCAUCAGCAACGUCAUUCCCAGUCUGCAGUCUACUGUGGACAACAUGAUGCUUUAUCAGGAGACGGUCCAGCCACUGGGCGACCUCCGUUAUCUGUUGGAGAACUAUCGGACUGGUAGCUUUGUACCCAAGGUUGUGACCUACGAGAACUACUACAACAAGGUCGAUGAGCAGACAUUUGGUGUUGAUCUCGAGGCCCGUGCUCGGGCGGAUAAGAAGCGCGUGCCGAUCAUUGUCACUACCUUGCUAACAUACCUGGAUCACCAUUACCCGGAUCUUGAGGGCGAUGAGGCUCGUCGUGGGGUAUGGCUCCAUGAAGUCUCCCUCAAGGACACUCACAAACUGCGCAACAAGGUCAACAAUGGAAAGCCUCCCUCGCUGGAAGUCUUCGCCGAGUUUGAUGUUGCCACUGUUGCCAGUCUAUUGAAGCUCUACCUGCUUGAACUCCCUGACUCUUUGGUAUCAUCUCAUGUCUACGAAAUCAUCCGAACUAUCUACAACACAACACAAGACAGUAGUGAAGACGCCCGUAUCCCUGUUCUCCAACAGACCCUGUCGCAGCUACGCCUCACCAACAUUGCUACGCUCGAUGCUUGCAUGAACCACUUUACACGCCUCAUCGAGCUCACUUCUGCCGACGAGGACUAUGUGGCCAAGCUGGCAACUACCUUGGCGCCAUGCAUUCUCCGCCCACGUACCGAGACAUCACUCACCAUGGAGGAGAAGCACGCCUACCGCUUGAUUCGCGACCUGUUUGCGCAUAAGGAUGCGAUCUUCAGUGAAUUGAAGCGCAUGUCCACUCUUGGCGCGUCUGCUUCCAUUUCAGGAAACAACAACCGUCCACGCGCAAUUUCUACCGACGAGAGCAACCGUAGGGCGCACAUGGAGGAGCGAAACCGAUUAAUCCUGGAGAAGGCCAACGGCGGCAGAAGCAGAGCCACCUCGCCUGCACCGGGACCGCGCGCUCACCGUCGUGACAGGAGCGUUGGCGGACCUGAGACCCGGUUCCCCAUUUCCCCCAGCGGUAUCACAAGCCCUACUUCUAGCCAGCAGCAUGGUAAGAGGCCAAGCUUGGGCCCUGUGCUGCCCAAGAGGUCCAGUCUCGAGGUUCCGGAUGAGGCUGGUUCAAGCCUGAGCCACCCAGCCGAUGGAAACCUGAAUGGCGCUGCUCCCGCUGAGGCCGGGACACCCAAGUCGGAGACAGCUGACCCCUUGGCGGAUAAGCGUAGCAGCUUGGUAGAGAAGCGCAACAGCUUGGGUCGGAGUGGUGCACGCAUCUCGGCCGGCCGUCGAAUCCCUGUGGUUGCCUCCACAACCGCUUCUCAGCAGCAAAGUGGAAGUGAGAAGGAGAACUCGACUGGCCAUGGGCAUGCACCAGUGACGCUUACGGACGCUCCGAUGGAUUACUAG